CGCGGCCGCCGCGCCGCAGCCCCGCGACCACUCCGCCGGUGGCGGCGCGCCGAUGCGCCUGCCGCCCGGCUUCACGCCGACGCCGACGCCCGCGCCGCGACACCUUCCCGCGAUCCGCAACUAAUCCUCAUCAGUGUCACUUUCACUGUUACACCUGAAGCGAGCCCUUCAGCCCGUCUGUAUUGACGACAGUCGUCGGAUGGAACCCGGAGUGCGCCGAUUCGCAUCAAGGUUAGACGAAUAUUUGAAUGUGAGUGUUAGUGCGCCGCCCGCCGACGAUCCAGCGCGCCCUAGCGCACCCCUGUACUUCAGCUGUACGCGCACACUACAGUAACACAUAGCGGCGGGAGCUAGCUCAGACAUGGGAAGUGAGCACUAUUGCCUAAGGUGGAACAAUCAUCAGAGCAACCUGCUGGGAGUAUUCAGCCAGUUGCUGCACGACGAGAGCCUGGUCGACGUCACGCUUGCCUGCUCCGAGGGUGCAUCCAUUAGGGCUCACAAGGUAGUGCUGUCUGCGUGUUCAUCGUACUUCCGAUCUCUGUUUGUUGAUCACCCGUCGCGUCAUCCCAUCGUGAUCCUCAAGGACGUGGGGUUGGAGGAGCUAAGGACCCUCGUCGACUUCAUGUACAAGGGCGAGGUCAACGUCCAGUACUGUCAACUGCCUGCUCUCCUUAAAACUGCUGAGAGCCUUCAGGUGAAAGGACUUGCUGAAAUGACUACCCUAAGCGCAGCCGGCAUUGAAACAAGAAAAGUUCAAGAACCAAUGGAAGAGUGCCAACCACAAGAUACGAGGGAGAGUUCAGAACCACAUGAGAAGGUAGACGGCAGAGAUCACAGGGACAAAGAAGAACGGCGGGAACUGAAAGACUCACGGGAAGUCCGUGAGAGAGAAAACAAAGAAACCCGUGACGUCAGAGAAACUCACGUGAGGGAAAGUCAUUCAAGAGAUUCUCGAGAGUCGAGAGAAUCAAGAGAACACAGAGAUAGAGAACAAAGAGAACCUCGUGAUUUAAGGGAAUCGCGAGAUAUUAGGGAAACAAGAGACCCUCGUGAUUUAAGGGAUCCCCGCGAUUUGCGGGAACAUAGAGAAUCUAGAGACUCUAGAGACAUCUCACGAGACUUGAGGGAGGUUCGGGAUCCAAGGGAUUUACGAGAAUCUCGGGAACCCCGUGAUCAUAGAGAAAUGCCCGAGGCAUCACCUCCGAGAAUAUCGCCGUUAUUGUCAGUACGAAGAUUUAGGUCUGACAUCACGGGCGAGACUCCAACCUUGUCACACCCUCCAAUCCCGAAAGAUGAACCUCCUGAUGAGCCCAUGCGAUCGUCCUCACCAGAAGAUGAUACGGUGUCGAUUAGAUCAAAUGGAGCACAAAAUGAAAAUAUCGGACUAAACAUGACUAUCAACAGUCAUAGCAGUAGCAGUGUGCUGGGUGCCCAUUAUUCUCCAGUGGAGCAGCGAUUAAGUGUCCUGAACACUAUAUCUCAUCCUGGAUUGACACACCCAUCCCACGCAUCACUGUCAAGCCCGAGGAGUGAACCUAUAGCAGGACCCUCAGGACUACCUCCUGUGCAACAAGUACCCUUGUCUUUGAAGAAAGAAAUUGACUGGGAUAGGAGCAAUGAGGACAAAGUGGGUGGUGAAACAUCAUCAGAGUAUCGAAUGCAGCACGAAUCUAUGUGCCUGGACAUGUCUUGCGUGUCCCCGAGCAUACCGAGCCCGAUCCCAGCGCGCAGCCCCACCGCGCUGCCGCUGUGGUCGCCCCUGCUGGCCCUGCAGGCGUGCCGACUGCGGCGCUACCUCAGCGACGACUGCAUGAUGUACCACAACCGUCACCUGCUGCACUCCGAGCGGCGCCGCUGCGGCGUCUGCCUCGCGUCCUUCCCCUCCGCCUGGCUACUCGAGCGACACGCGGCCCUGCAGCACGCCUCCCAAGCGCCCUGCGACGACAAACCCUUCGUCUGCGAGCAGUGCGGCCAGAGCUACAGGUAUCGUUCCGCCUAUGUCAAACAUCGCGAACAAAACCAUCGCGCUAGGCUACCUGCCGACAAACUAUUUACAUGUGACGUCUGCGGCAUGCAGUUCCGCUAUCUUAAAUCAUUUAAGAAGCACCGUCUCAACCACACGCUGGAGAGACUGCACACGAAAAACACUGACGCACCAGAAGGCGCCGAUCAAGUUUCCAGUACUAACGAGGCUCUAAUUGGUCAGUGUGGUGAAAUGGAUCUCUCCAUGAAGAAAAAGAAUAGAAGUGAUGCUACUAAGUCACCUGCUGAGGAUGUAGUCCGGGAUGCUGAACAGGACAGCACUGUCGACUCAAAUGGCCCCACAGAUUCUGUGGUGACCGUAGAUGAUUCAACAGAAUGCCGUACGUCUGGUGCUGAAAGCGAAACCAAACGGGAUGAAGACACUGCAUCUGAGGAAAAAAGGCGAAUUCCUGUGUCUUUCGCCAGCAUUAGCUCGAUGGCAGAUAGUUCAGAGAACGAGUCGCGAGCGGACAGUAGCAAACAUGAGAGCUCGAGCUCACACUCAGGGAUCCUGAGUUUCAUGCAAACUGAUGACCGACAGAGGGAUAGGGAGAGGAGGUUCGCUUGCCCAUUCUGUGGGAAAUGCGUAAGGUCUAAAGAGAACCUGAAGCUGCACGUGAGGAAGCACACAGGCGAGCGUCCGUUCGUGUGCCUGUUCUGCGGGCGUGCGUUCGGCGGUAAGAGCGACCUGACGCGGCACCUGCGCAUCCACACGGGCGAGCGACCCUACCACUGCGAGGCGUGUGGCAAGUGCUUCGCGCGCGCCGACUACCUCUCCAAGCACCUCACCACACACGUUCACAAUACACGCUGAUCUACGAACGCGCCGUCCUUUUCUCGAUCUUCGCAUACCUCUGGCACAAUAUAACUUAACUCCAUACGGUUUGCCAUCAACUAUGCAGAUUGAUCGUGCCGGGUUUGCGGGAUGAAAUGGUCGGGGCUGAUGUCUCAUCCUGACUGCUCGGGUCACAUAUAGGCUGGCGCGUUCUGGUUUCGUACGAAGUUGCGACUAUUUGAUAUUGAGAAUUAUUUUAAUUUAUUAUUAUUGGUGUCGUGCGCUGCCCCUGUGCAUAUUCCAGGGGCCCGUCACUAGCCGCGCGAUGGACUGCUGUAUGGAGUCGGUAGUUACAUUGUGCCCCUAUAGUUAAUGACCGAGUCAUAUUAUAACAGUAAAUGGGAAUAUUUUUUAAAAACGUUUUUAAACUUUACAACAUUAUUGAUAAGCAGGUUUAAUUAGAAUUUUACAGGACUAUUUUUCGUUUUGGAGUGGUUUAUGUAUAUUUACGACAUAAUUUUCAAAAUAACUCUGAAAAUAAAUAGUGAAUGGUAACUAUUUGCGUUUACCGCGAAGCAAUAAUAAUUAUAACGGCUUAUUAGUUUAUGCUGCAAAUAUAUUUUGUGUUAAACACAUGGCUUGGACAAACUGCUUGCUACUUUGAUUGGUCAGUUCAGGGCAAUAUUAGUUGUUUAUAAGUUCGUGCACAUUUGAAUCCAUUAACGUAAGAGAUUUGCAUUAUAAAUGCAUCCGUUUGCUUGUCUCUCAUCAAGUCGUCAUAUGGUUAGCAGUCGUUUUGUGUAACUUAGUUAUGCGAUGCAGCGCAUUUGUUUUAAGAUGAGGGACUAGGCAGUACCCGCUUGCAUGAAUACGAGCAUUUGACUACACACCUCUAUGUUUGUCAAGCUACCGACAGUGUCAGUCCAACCAACAGUGAAUAAGUUGUCACUCGGAACAAGGGCAUGCAACAACUUGACACAUCAUCUUGCGUUUGAAUAGGCUUAAACAUAGUUUCUUUUGCCAUAUUUUUGUAUGCCUAUGUAUAAUAAGAUUUUAAAUAACUCAUUCCAUUAAAGAGGAACUAGAAAAUUGGUAGUCGUGACGAUAGGUUAUUAGGAGAAUGCAAAAACUGUGAUUCGUACGAUUAAGACCAGUCAAACAAGUUUUAGAACAUCGAAAAAUGUUUUAUGUAAUUUAAAAUAACAUUAUCUAACAAUUAAUAUACCUACGUAUUAAAUAACUAUAGUUUUAAGAAAUCUCUCUGUGCCAAAAUAUGUACCUCAUAAAAGUAAACACUGAAGUAGAUAAAUUAAUUGUCAAUAAUUGUUUGUACACAUUUUGUUUUAGAUUUGAUGUUACAGUACAGAAUACCACUGCGAUAUUCAAUUACAUGAUAUAUAGUAAUAAGGUUCAAUUUGCAUUGGUACAGAAUGAAAUGGAAAGGCGCACGUAUGACAAUUGUGCAAGGCAUAUUGAGUUUUAUGACAGUUGUUGUAGUGGUUUAACACAAUAUUCCACCAAUAGUGCGCGAUAUUAGCAAGAGCUCUCUUAAAUAUCUUUGGCUCAAACCUCUUUAAUACUUUAUUGUAAUGACAUAUAGCUCAUUAUCCCAUGUACAGUUUGGUUGCAAUACAAUGUUCGUUUCGUCUCGCUGCAAUGUAAAUUGAACCUAAUAGACAAACUGAUUGCUCAGUCUGCUGCAGAAUUCUAUAAGCCUAAAGGUUAGAUUAUAAUGUCUAUGGAUUUUAUUCAGUUGGAAAUAUUCGCCCGCAGUAAAGAAAUGCGUCCUUACUUAAAGAAAGAAUUACAAUAUAUUUAUAUCGAUAUUUUAUGACUUCUAAGAGUUGAUUAUUCACAGGAAUAUUUAUACAAGAAAAUUAUUUUUUCUGUAAAGUAAUUUUAUCAAUUUUAACUUGUCCGUCUUUUAGUCUCUUUUAUAUAAGACAUCCACAACUUUUACCCAUAAAGGGUUUCAUCCUUCAUAUAUUAAAAUAAUAGUUAAUGAUAGUUUUAAUAUUUUAAUACAUUAUGAGUGUUAUAAAUAUGCAAAAAGGGGUGUAGUUUGUCAUAUCAAAUAAUCGAAUAUGAUAUAUCGAUAUAAUUGACAAGCGACCUUUGGAACGCUCCAUUAAAUAAACAUUCGAUAUUUUAAACAAUCGAUUCAUUUACUGUUGGACUUUUAGUGUUCGGUCAAUCGAUAUUUGAUUAUUUGAUAUUUGAUUUGACAUAGUAAACUCCGUAACAAUACUAUAUAUUUCCUUUUAAAGUUUUACAAGAACAUUUUGAUAGUUGCUCUGUUUUUGAAGCAAUUCAAAUUCAAAACAACAAUCAGAAAUAUUUUAAACAUUUUCAAUAUAAAUAAAACCUCAUAUUUUAAUUAAUGUACAACUAAGAGCUUUAUUCUUUAAAAAUAGUUAAAUCAUUCAUUCAUAUGAAUCGGUCUGGAAAUGAGCCUAUAAUGAUACUGUCAAUUAAGUCUAGGAUAAGUCAAAUGCUGUUUAUACACAGGUGUCAGAAGGUCAACCUUCACCAAUUUAUGAAAUUCCUUUCCGACUUUAUAGUUUUGCAAUAAAGUCGAAAGUCUAUUGGAGAAAUUUGAUAAAUUAGAGUCAGUUGACUUGCUGCCUUCUGUACCAUAUAGUCACAAUAUUUUUAUUGAGUAACUCUGCGGGCGAAUGUUCUCAACUUAUUUUAACAGUUGAAAUGUAUUGUGUCCAUAGAUUGCCUAUAUAUACCACUGUUAUAUAAGAAGUCAAUGCAACGAAAUAAUCAGGUACAGGAUUAAUGUUAAACGAAACAUUUUAAUAUAGAAUAAUUGAUUUAGUUAGUACUUUUAACAUAAGCCGGUUUUAAAUGUGAAUUUUAAAGAUUUUUUUAUAGUUUUAUUUGUUCAUUGUUAUACAUGAUACAGUUAAAUAACGUAUUAAAAUAUAAUAGUGACUUUGCCAGAGGGAUAUAAUAAAUAAGAUAGGUAGUCGAAAACUUUUAGUAUAAACGAGAAGCAAUACUCUGAAUUUUUAUUUUUACUACAGAAUACUCUAAUUGCUAGAGGAGCGAAUACGGAGACUCGACUAACCCAUUUUAUUGACAUAGCUCGAUUUUUAUAAUACAUGGCUGGUUAGCCACAAGUGUAUGAACAUUGCCAUCCAUAGAGUUUCCCAGCCAGUUUUCGUAUUCACUCUCGACAAGUUUAUACAAUUCUAUAAAAUAUAACAAUGUAAUGCAUUCACAUUGUGUAUAAUGUAGAUAUUUUGCCAUUACUUCAAAUUUAAAAUAUAAAAUAUUAUUCAAAAUUGAUGUUGACUGUUUUUAUAAGUAUAUCAGCGGUAGUUACUUGAUGUUGUGGUGUAAUUUAGUGUCUUAUAGGUUUAAGGUCAUAAACCACUCAAAGUAUUUAAUGUUAGUAUUGUGUCUAUGUCCGCUGUGUGUCAAUGGCCAGUUUAAAUUUAAAUAAAGUUGUUCCAUGUUCCAUGAUGUCGCACUUACUUUGAGUGGUUCAUUAUUUUGAAUUCUCGUAGUGUUAAAUUGGUGUGGUAUUCUUUAUAUCUGUUCUUGUAACAUACAUUUUAACUCUAAUAUAUAUUAGAUAAUUUAAUUUUAAAUCAGAUUCUAAAAAUAUAGUGAGCACAGCAAACGUUAUGUAAAUAUGCAUGUGCUAACCAGGUCAAAUGUGAUAAAUUAGAAUUUAAGUGAUUUUUCGUUUCUUUAAGAACUGUAAAGAAUUUCAAACGAGAACAUUUUACCAUUAUGAGUUGAAGGUGUACCAUGUCUUCAGUUCUGGUAUAAGAAGUGGGCAUAUAAUAUUUUUGAACAUUUUCAUUAUACCUAUUUUAUCGUCGACUGUGAGGUUAACGGGCAUUAUUUAUUGUACUACUUUUUAAUAGUCUUCAUCUUAGGAGAACUUCCAUGAAGGGAGAAUAGAGAAGUAAGAUUGCGCCAGUGUGGAAUAAUGUAAGAACGUGCAGUGUUACAGUGUUACAGUGACGCACAAUUUUGACACUUUUUAAAACGUUUUAUAUAUUAUCUCCGUCCACUAAAUAUUGUGUGUCUUGGUUCAUUAUUUUCACCGACUGAUGGCAUUGUAGUGUCAAAUUUCUAAUUGUUCCAUUAUAUAUUUAUUAUUUGACCAUAUUGUUGCAAUAGAUACUAUAGGAUAAUGGUUAUAAAAUACUGAUACAACGACUAUUUAUUACAAGUCUUUACAUGUUUACGUACUGCAAUAGGAGAAUUUAAAUAACAUAGUAACGUUAUUGUGUAGCUCAAGUUAUCUGGUGGGUUUAGUUAUUUAUGAAGCAAGCGGUCACGUCUCUCUGUCUGUACCGAGCUUUAUUUGUGAGGCAGUUACAAGGAAGCGUAGUACGACUGUACGAGCCACCCCGAGGCUGCGUCGUUCGCGACACUUGUCACCACACGCAAUAAUGACAACUUGUAGGACCGAGUAGCUGGGAACGUUGUGCGGGAAUGCGACGAAUGUGAUAUUAUUUUACGAGGAAGCAACGAACGAGCGGACGGUACAACAACCGCCUCUCUAGAACAGCCAACGACGCGACGAUCGAAUGUAGAUAGACUGAUUUUCGGGUAGAAGUAAAGUAGGCCAGAAGUUUCACAGUCAAUAAGUAUCUAAUAUUAAUAAAUAGGUGUUGAUUUAAAAAUGUUUAACAAGCCAAAACACAGUCUCAAUAGCUUACGACAUAAAACAAUAAGAGAGUUUAUUUAAUUUUUAAACAUAAUUAUACAGAAUCUUUUAUAUACCAAUCUUAAAUUAUUUUUCAGAUGUAUUGAUUUUUAUACAUCUCCAUAUACAACAAUGAAUAGAGGUAAGUGUAGACAUAUGUAGAUGGGUCUAUUAAACGCGUGGUGCUACAAUGUGUAAUGAUAUGUGAUAGAAACUGUUCUUCAGAGACAUUUUAUUUAUUGAAGCUUCCAUAGGUAAUAAAUAUAGACACAUUACACUAUGAUAUACCCACAUCAGCAAUAAUUUGGUUUAGGUAAUUACCUACAUAAGGAUUUAUUUUAUCCAGUAUUUUAAAGGUGUCAUGUGGUUGGUCGAAUGUGUCUCUUAGAAACCAAAGUAUCCAUAAUGUUAGGAAUUGUGUUCGUAAGACUUCGAUGGUGUAACCAUUCCACAAUUUUAAUAUUUGUAUCUUUCACUUUUUAAUUUAUUUCUAUGAGAUUUAAGUCGACCAAAUGCCAUCGACGUGGCGGUGCAAGUUUUAAACAAUUGUAGGUUUUUUAAUUAAUUAUUUCUUAUAAAUACGUCCAAGUCUUAUUACCUUUCAUAAUAAGGCGAGAUCGUUAAUGUAUUUAAACGUAAUGCAGAGAAUGCUAGUUAGUAAAUUUUCAUUAGGUUUUGGCUGGUCAGAAGUAUUGGCUCUCAAACGAUACUGGAAUAUUAUGAGUAAAUUGUUUUAUGGCCUUAUUAAAAUAAAUUGUAUGUAUAUAAUAACAUAACUUUCUUACGUGUUAAGUAAGAAGAGCCGGACAAAGAAAGCGUUUAAUGGUUUCUUUUUGAGAUAUUACUUCCAGAUGUUGUAGCGUGUUCCACUGGCGGGCACUAGAUGUGAAUAUAUUCUAUAAGUCAAUAUUCUAUGUAUUCCUUCGACGAACGGUUUUUGUUGACAGAUUAAUUUAUGUCUUGGGUCAGUUUAUUCAAAACCUAGUUGAUAGUACAUACAUACUGUUACAUAAUAUAUUUUUUUUACUUGUAUACUUGAGAUAAUUAUUAUUGUUAUACAGAUCGUUUUAUAUUUUUAUCGUGAUUAACUAUUACUUGUUUUCAAGAUUUUUAUUUUGCAAUAUGACUAUUCGUCUAUAAAAUAGUCCAUUUAAUUUAUAAUAUCUUGUCCAUUGUCCAAACUAACUUAGGCAUAGUUCCAUAUUUUGGAUGUGUAUUAUACCACAGUCUAAAUUUAAAUGCUAUUGUGUAUAUUAUUUCAUUUUAAUAUCGAUGUGCAAAAUUAUAUAGUAAAUGUCUUGGAUCUCUAAAAAUAAGUAAAAAAAAGACAAAAACACUUUACGAAAUUUCUAAAUGUGCAAUAAAUAUGUGUGUUGUAGUGUUACCAUUAGGCGUAAAAUUUUUAGCGGUGCAAGUGUGGCUUCUGGUGAUGUGUUGGGCGACUAGUCGCGUCGUGUCGUGUCGCGUCGCCCGCUUUAUGUUGUUAAAUAUUGCAAUGAUCUCAUUCAUGUUAACAGAAGCUGCACUUGUAACGCAUAUUAAAUGAAUAUUUGGCACUUAUAAAAAAGGCACAUUUCCCUAUCAUAUUGAAAAUGGUUUGAAAACGUGUUGAAAAUGGAUUUGUUGG